AUGAAUAAGUUUUUAGACCGGUACUCGAUGAUGAUUGUUUCAAAAUAUUUUAUGUAUUUGAACGACUUCAAAAAGUUGGUUUUAGUUUGCAAGAAGUUUAACGAAAUUCCACUGAUGUUUCACUUCAAUCCAAUUCGAUGGGAAAAAAACAUGGGAAGUUAUUUUAAGAAUGUUGAAACACUACACUUAUAUAGAAAAUAUGACAAAUUUGUCCCUGGAUUUUAUCAGUAUUACAUACACUACCCUCUUGAACUUACCGAAUACAAAAAGUUGAAUAAAAAGAUGAAAGUGAUAUGCCCACAAAUUACAUUUUCUCUUCGUGAUUUACAAAACGGUUGUUCUUAUAAAGAAGCAACUGUAUUAUUACCAAGUGCUUUUGGAUCAAAGUUGAAUGUAUUUACUGAAUUGGAGUGUUCUUAUAUAUCCAAGUUGUCAAUGAGGACCUUUGCAAACAAUAAAAUAUUGAACAUGAUAACCCUUUCCAAUAAUAUACAUACAAUACCUGAUUAUUGUUUUGAGAAUUGUGUUUCACUCAAAGAAAUCAAUUUGGAACACGUUUAUGUAUUAGGAUCAAAAUGCUUUAUUGGGUGUGGCAAACUGUCUGCACUCACAUUUUGCUCAAAUUUGACAAAGUGUGGAAAAUACCCAUUUUAUGAUGUGUUUUCUAUUGAACACGUGUCGGCAUUUUCUUCACAAAGUGUUGAAUUGGAAUUAAACGCGUCUUGUUCGAGUGUAUUUUCUAAUAUCAAGAAAAAACUUUAUAUCACAUAUAGUGAUGUGUUAAAUGGUUAUUCGAUUGACGACUUAAUAAAUGAAAUUUGUGAAGCCGCCUUCUUUGGAAUGAAAAAUUUGAGUGAUAAAAGCAUUGCGCCAACUAUCAAAGUAAUUGGCAAAAAUGCGUUGUCUUAUACUGAUUUAAAGCGACUUGAUUUGUCGCAUGUGGAGGUUUUUGAAGAACAAGAGAACUUGAAAACGUUGACAGCACUCACAAUGAAUUCAAAAAUCACUUUCAACAAUUUGUACCAAUGCAAUUUGUUACAAUCAAUUGAAGUUGUUGGUACUAAUUUUAUGAAAGGGAAAGCCGGGUGUUGGAUGAAGUCUUUAUUUGACAUAAAGAAUUUAGAAGUCGAGGAGUAUGUAUAUACUUGUAAAGAUUGUGAAUUCUUCAAAGGAAUGUUACCAUCAAAUAUCACAAACUUAAAGACUAUUGAAGAGGAAGUGAGAUUAAAAGAUUUGGAAAUUGAUACUUAUAAAGUCCCAGAAAGUGUAACUUUGUGUUAUAAAGAAAAUUUUCAAGAGUGUAAAAACAUCAAAAAAUUACUUUUACCAAAGAGUCUCAUUACUCGUUUUGACUUUUCAUCACUAACAACAAUAAAAGAAGCUGCUUUGCUUUAUAAAAAUAAAACAUUUUUAAACGUUCACUCAAGUGGGAAAUUAACAUCAAUCACGUUUCUUGACGACAAUUUGUUGAAUAACCAACAAAUGUACAACAUUAAUUUUCAAAUUCUUAAAAACAUCGAAUUUGCACAUCCACCAACAGACGGAAUUUAUACCGGAAAUGUGGAUUAUCGAAUUUAUGAAUUAUUGAAAACCAAAUACAAAUUCAAAGGAGAAAUUGUGUUAUAUUAUAUUGAUAGCUGGGAUAUUAAAAAAGGAAUUUAUAUAAUUCCAGACGUCGUGACUAUUGUUGCUGGUUAUGUAUUAUACAAUAAUGAUUAUAUAAAAAAUAUAUGGGUUGGUAAAAACACACGGUUAAUUCAAAGUUACGCUUUUGAAAAAUGUAAAAAUCUUGUGUUGGUUAAAAAUUUAAAAAAAUCGAUAAAAAUAAAAAAGUUUGCAUUUGGAAAAUCAAAUCCAAAAUUGGUGUUUGAUGCCAGUAAUUAA